AUGGCUUCCCAACAGCGCGUAGUCAUUAUCGGCGCUGGCAUCGUGGGCACCAAUAUCGCCGACGAGCUGGUCUCAAGAGGAUGGACUGACAUUACCGUUGUUGAGCAGGGUCCUCUCCACAUGCCUGGUGGCUCGACUUCCCAUGCUCCGGGCCUCGUCUUCCAGACUACACCGUCCAAGACCAUGACCAAUCUAGCACGCUAUACCGUGCAGAAACUAUUGUCGAUUGAGCAGGAUGGCCAGAGCUGCUUCAAUCAGGUCGGUGGUCUGGAAGUGGCUACGACACCCGCUAGGCUGGAGGAGCUCAAGCGCAAACACGGUUAUGCCUCUUCGUGGGGCAUCGAGGCGCGUCUCAUCAAUGCCAAGGAAUGUCUCCAAUUAUACCCUCACCUCGAUCAGAAAAUUGUGCUAGGUGGCCUCCAUAUCCCCAGCGAUGGUCUUGCUCUUGCUGCUCGUGCAACACAGCUGCUUAUUGAACGCACAAGGAAAGCUGGCGUCCGCUACCUUGGUGAGACGCCCGUUAUCGGCAUCGAGCAGACAGGCCGUCGAGUGACGGGCGUGACAACUCCUAAAGGCUUUGUUCCCGCUGAUAUCAUCAUUUCCUGCGCUGGGUUUUGGGGCGUGGAGAUAGGCGCGAUGGUUGGUGUUUCCAUUCCUCUGCUUCCGCUGGCACACCAGUAUGCAAAGACUACUGCUGUGCCGGCAUUGACCGGGCGUGAUAUCAACAAUCGUAUGAAUGGAAUGAAUGCAGAAUUGCCCAUCUUGCGGCACCAGGACCAGGAUCUAUACUACCGGGAGCAUGGUGAGCAAUAUGGAAUUGGAUACUAUGGCCAUCGCCCGAUGCCUGUCGUCGCAGAGUCAUUGGGUCUGACUCCCAAGCACGUCGAUGAGAAGAACAUGCCAUCUCGUCUCGAGUUCACAAAGCAGGACUUUGACCCUGCUUGGAAGGAGUCACAGAAGCUUUUGCCUGCUCUGCGGGGCGCUCAGAUCGAUGAUGGGUUCAAUGGUGUGUUCUCGUUCACCCCCGAUGGGGGACCCAUCAUUGGUCAGGCACCGAACCUAGACGGCUUCUGGGUUGCUGAAGCUGUGUGGGUAACUCACUCGGCUGGUGUUGCACGCGCCGUUGCUGAGGUUCUUACAACGGGCCGAUCCCAAAUUGAUCUCACCGACUGUGAGCUAUCCCGGUUUGAAGAAGUGCAGCUCAGCCGCGCCUAUAUCAAUGAAACUUCUGCGCAGAAUUUUGUCGAGAUCUACGAUAUUCUUCACCCAUCGCAGCCCAAAGAGUCACCCCGAAAUCUUCGUACCAGUCCCUUCUACUCUCGACAGAAGGAUCUGGGUGCCUAUUUCCUUGAGCUUGGAGGCUGGGAACGUCCUUUCUGGUAUGAAUCGAACUCAUACCUUCUCAAAUGCCUUCCAGCAGAGUGGCAACCAGUUGAAAGAGACGCAUGGUCCUCACAGUUCCACUCACCCAUCGUGGCAGCAGAAGCAUGGAAGACCCGGAAUGCAGUUGCGAUGUACGACAUGACUUCCUUUCACCGAUUCGAACUGUCCGGCCCCGGUGCAGUGCAUCUGCUCCAGCGCCUGACUACCGCCGACGUCGCUACCAAGAUAGGUGCUAUCAGCCACGCGCUGCUCCUAAAUGAUCACGGCGGUAUUCUCAGCGAUAUUUUCGUUUCAAGGCUUGACGAAACCAUUUUCCAGGUAGGCGCCAACACCGCCACGGAUCUCGCUUACCUAUCCCGUGAAGCUCGUCGCCAGGGACAAUGGGUCCAGGUCCGUGACAUCACCGGCAGCACCUGCUGCAUCGGUCUCUGGGGCCCUCGAUCCCGGGACGUGAUCAACAGCAUAAGCACGGAGAAUUUCUCAAACCAAGCAUUCCCUUAUCUCACCGUCCAGAACGCCACCAUCAACGGCAUCCCAGUCACAGCGCUGCGGAAGUCCUACGUCGGCGAACUGGGAUGGGAAAUUCAAACUAGCGCCGAAUAUGGCCAGCGGCUCUGGGAUACCAUUUUUAAUGCAGGAAAGACACACGGCCUCAUCGCUGCCGGUCGGGGUGCCUUUAACGCACUACGCCUGGAAAAGGGCUAUCGCACCUAUGGCGCUGACAUGAAUACCGAACACAACCCUUACGAAGCAGGCAUUGCCAGUGCUAUCCGAGCGAGCAAAUGGGAAGACUACGUUGGCAAGGCUGCGCUGGAGCGGCUCGUCAAGGAAAAGCCUGCUCGCCGGCUGCGUUGCCUCACUGUUGACGAUGGCCGCUCCAUGGUCAUGGGCAAGGAGCCUGUAUUCUUCAGUGGCAAGGCAGUUGGAUACGUCACCACAUCAGCCUUCGGUUAUACUGUUCGCAAACCCAUUGCUUAUGCUUGGUUGCCGAGCAAUGUGUCUGAAGGACAAGGUGUCAAGAUCGAGUACUUUGGUCGUCGAAUCAAUGCUACGGUCGCAGCCGAACCGUUAUAUGAUCCUGAUUCGAGACGUCUAUUUGAUGACAAGCCGAUUAUUGAGCCAGCGAUGCAGAAACCACUAAGACACCGACUAUAA